CCGGUCUUUAUAAAACGAAGGACCUCCGCUCUUUUUUGAGUCCAUUCAUUGCUGUUAGCUUAGCUUCCAUUGAACGUAACGUUGAGGUUAAUUUUUGAAAAUGACUACUCUGGUACUAGAUAACGGGGCAUUCUCGGCGAAAAUAGGAUACAGUCAUGAAAAAGUCAGUGUUAUUCCGAAUUGCCAAUUUCGUUCGAAGACCUCACGUUUGAAGACGUUUACAGCCAACCAGUUAGAUGAAAUUAAGGACCCAUCAGGACUUUUCUACAUCCUUCCCUUUCAAAAGGGAUACCUGGUGAAUUGGGAUGUCCAGCGAAAAGUUUGGGAUCACCUAUUUGGGAAAGAAAUGUUUAAGGUGGACUUUGCAGAUACCAAUGUAGUCAUUACAGAACCCUACUUUAAUUUCACCUCCAUCCAAGAGUCCAUGAAUGAGAUCUUGUUUGAAGAGUACCAGUUCCAAGCUGCUCUAAGGAUAAAUGCUGGGUCGUUAAGUGCACACAGAUACUUCCAUGAGAACAAUGCAGAACUAUGUUGCAUCGUGGUGGACAGUGGCUUUUCCUUCACUCACAUUGUACCAUAUUGUAGAGGCAAGAAAAUGAAGGAUGGGAUCUGUAGGAUUAAUGUUGGGGGUAAGCUACUGACAAAUCACUUGAAAGAGAUAAUUUCAUACAGGCAACUGCAUGUAAUGGAUGAGACAUAUGUGAUCAAUCAGGUCAAGGAAGAUGUCUGCUAUGUUUCUCAAGACUUCUACAAGGAUAUGGAGAUAGCACAGCUGAAAGGAGAAGAAAACAUGGUGAUGAGGGACUAUGUGUUGCCAGAUUUCAGUUCAAUAAAGAAAGGCUUCUGUAAGCCACGCGAGGAAAUGAAUUUCACUGGAAAGUACAAGACCAGUGAGCAGAUAUUACGCCUGAAUAACGAAAGAUUUGCUGUCCCAGAGAUGCUUUUUCACCCCUCUGAUAUUGGCAUCCAGGAGAUGGGCAUCCCAGAGGCAUUAGUCAACUCUAUAAAUAACAUGCCCGAAGAGAUGCAACCUCACUUCUUCAAGAACAUAAUCCUAACAGGGGGAAACACACUGUUUCCUGGGUUUAGGGACCGUGUUUACAAAGAAGUUCGUGCACUGGCCCCAACUGAAUUUCAGGUGUCAGUUGUGCAACCACAGAAUCCAAUCUGCUACCCAUGGGAAGGAGGAAAGCUACUGGCUGAAAAUGCUGACUUUGAAGAGAUGGUGGUCACUCGAGAAGACUAUGAGGAGAAUGGACAUUUUAUAUGUGAAGAAAAGUUUGAUAUUUAGUUUAUUUUUUGUUUUCUUAUGUAGGCCUACAGCAAGAUGAGCAAUUGACUGGGGAUGAGAUGUAAAAGUUGCAUUUCCUUUACAUUGUACUGUAAAUAUUGUAAAUAAAACUUUUUAUAUGACUAA